UCCUUCCCCCAAACAGUGAGAAGGAAAAGUCUCGCUUUCCGCACGCGAAGCGAUUCGACGACCGUGGUCUGGUUUCUGCUACUGGUCUGGUCGUCAUUCUUCUUUCUUUCGGCGUUUCGGGUGGUGUUGUGUGGUGUGUAUGUGGAAAAUUCGAUCCCGCUGCAAUUUUCGUGAAAAGUGUUCAAUUCCGGCGGCCAGAACUGGACUGGAAAAUUGUUCUCGGAUUCGCGGAUCGAUUGAGGAAGUCACUUUUCGGAUACUCACUGACGGAAUGCUGAAUUGGUGAAUCCCCUGACCCAAUCGUGGUGGCGUGAUCCUAAUCCAUUAGGAUUAGGAUUAGGACGAAAGGAGCAGCAGAAAAUACCCGCAGUGUCCUUUUUUUCCCCGAAGAAAAUCGGAUUGGAUUCUGUGCGAAGAACUGUGGGGGUGGACAAGGAUUCCAAAGUCCAACCCUUCAUUAAGUGCCAUCGCGCGGAAGUUCAGAAUCAGCAGCAGCAGUUGAUUGGAAUUUAUUGCAUUUUUUCGUGCAACGAAAGGUUGACACACAAAAAGGUGGAAGAAAAUUGUGACCCGUUUUCCUGCGAGCUGAAAAGCGAAGAAAAAAAGUGCCCUAAUCGCGCAAUAGUAUUUGCCUGCCUGCCUACACGGAGGGAAUAGAGAAGGCGAGCGGAGGAAGGCAUCAUCGCGUGUGUGUGAAUCGAACGACGACUAGUGAGAAAGAAACAGUCAGUCAGUCGCACUGGAAGCUUGAAGGGAACAUCGAGUGAGGAAGAGUGAAGUGAGAGCAGUGCUCACUGGUGAGAGCGGUCCGGUGGAAACGGUGAGGAAGACGCGGUUGUGGGACGACGACGACGACACCGCAGAUGGAAUCCGUCAGCAUGGUUGACGCCAACGGUGCCGGACCCGAUUCCGAUGGGACACCCCUGUUGAUAAAGGUGGCCCGAACCGAUCCGCAGUUGCCACAGCCACAGCCGCCACCUGUUCCGGGACCGAGACCGGAUCCGGUGGAGCAGCAGACGGUAGACGGUGAAUCCAACCACUCGGAUAAGCUCGCCGUGCAUCUGAUUGUUAGUUUUCGCGAUAUCUGUGUCUUUACGUUGGUCCUCCCACUGGGAACGCUGUUUGUGUGCUUCGUGUCGGCUUACGUCUUCCAGCCAGAGGAAAUCCACGAAACCCACUGUCGGGUUUACAAUGUUAUCCCUUCGAUCAGUGCCAUCACCGGUGUCAGCCCCCAGAGGUACUUGUGGAGGAUCUCAAUAGCGUUGCACAUCGGGCCGAGGAUAAUCAUUGCCUUCGUGUACAAGAACUAUUACCGGGCGCUGAUUCGGGAGCUCAACGAUUUGGCGCAAAUCAAGAAGGCGACCAGCCUACUUAGGAUUGUUCACGGUUUGAACAUAGUGGAAAUCAGCGCCCUCUGCUGCGUUACCUACGUAUCCAAUAAGGAAAAUUAUCCCGUUCACGAGAAGGUCUUCAUCCUGUUCAUGACGUCGUCUCUCUCGUACAUGCUGGCGACGCUAAAGCUCCUCAAGGUGCUCCAGCCGAACGGGCCCCAAACGACGCAGGAAGAGACCUCCCUCCGGUACAAGAGGGCCUUCUUCGCCCUGUCGAUCGCCUCCACCAUCGGGUUGAUCUUGUUUUUCCUGAAGCACCGCUUCCUGUGUCACGAUCUGGCCUUCAGUUGGUUUGCCCUGUGCGAGUACAUCGUGGCAUCGGCCAACAUGGGCUUUCACUGCACCACCAUGUUGGACUUUCCGACGGAGGACUUCAUGAUUGCCAAAAAUGCCAACCGGUACCGGAAGAAGCACGCCACGAUCAGCUGGAAGCUGGAUUGAGGUGCAGCAGCAGCAUAAGUGGUGCGCAGGGUCGCACCAGUGUUGCCAAUCGGUACGGGCCGUCAGCCUCACAUCGUGUUGCCGUUGUUGUCGUCGUUCGGCAGUACCACAUGGGCUGCCGGAUUGAUAUACAUAGUGAAUUCUCUUAAGUUAAGUAGGUGCAAUAGUAGGCGGGGGAAUCAACCAUACCGAAUCGGUAUAGCACAAUUGGCAAACGUUUCGGAGCGCAAUCGGUGCUUCCACGGGGUUUUUUGGAGAUUUUCCUUUAUCAACUGUCAGAAAGAAAAUGUUAAUGUAGGUUAGACGUAGGGUAGUUUAGACAUUCCUUAACUUCUAUUCUGUGAAUUUAGUUUACCUUUUUGUUUGUGACAUCGCAUAUUUUUCUGCGAGAAUACCUUAUAAGUUACCUGUCAUAUUCAAUCACAAUAUAGUUUUUACAUUCCUUCCUCUUUCCAUGAUUUAUUUUAUAGAACAUUUACUUCUCAUUACCAAACUGCACUCUCAGAACAGGAAGCACACGCGUCAAAAUAGUAAUCAACACUCUAAAUUGAUAUUCAAAAGAAAAAAAAAUCGUAAUCAAUAUAGGACUCCUCUGAAAGAAUAACUCAAAACGAAGAUUAGAAACGCAAUUAGCAGCAGAAGAAGAACAGUGAUUUUAAGAUAUUAUUGAACAUAACCAAUUGAAACACGUAUAGUCAGAAUCUGUGAAUAGGGUGAUGCCACCCUUGUAGAGAAUGGUUGAGCAAACGAUUCUAGUCCUGAUUGUAUUUAGAGAAGAGAUAAGAAGAGAUGCUAAGCAAAAUCUUUAACAAAAAUUGGUACCUAAAUAUUGUACGUACAUAUAGAGUUAUUAUUUUUCACUUUGCUCUUUAAUGAAACUAGAAAACGGAAACAAAGAAAGUAAAUGAAAAUGGAUACCACUUCAAUUCAAACAGAAUGAACUCUCGCGACGAUUAGCUCAUAAGAUUUGUCUCUCUCACACACAACUUCAACAAAACCAUGCGCCCAUAUUGGAAAAUGCAAUCUAUCGGUAAAUCCUGCCAUCAAAAGUUAACUGUCAAGUUGACAUGUAAUGAGCAUCGUUUGUUUAUGUUAUCUUUCACGCUCGAAUCGAAUCCUUUUGCCUUUCCAUCGUAUACCGACUAGUCAAUUUGCAUGUGUGAUAUUUUCUACAUUGUGAUUAUCAGUGUUUUUGGUUAGGAAAGUAUUAGCAAGCUGUCAUGUCACCUGUACUGUCAGUGUGACAAUCGUUAUCCAUUGUUUCCCGAAAAAAAAUGCGCUUGCUUAGAUUCGAUCGACUCGUUCUUAAUCUACUGUUGUUAAAUUCGAUAACUCGUUAUAACGACUUAACACACGCGCGUUAAUCGACUCAACUCCAUUGCGGAUGGCAACUACAUAUCAUCGGACGGAAUCACAACGGAACUAUUGGUUUAAAAUGAGUUACAAAAUACGCCCUUUCCAUAGUCCGCUACGCACAAAAUGUUUUCCCACCCCGUGUAAAUUUAUGUUCGCCUACUUGAGUUCAUAUAAACAACCUCAAAGUCUGAUCAAACUCUGUGUCUCCGUUUGAAAACCCCUAUUACACUGUGUAUAAUAUGUAAAAAGUCACCCACCGUGUAUCGCGCUCUCGACAGCAGCAGCUUCCCGUACCUAUUUCGCGUUGACGCCUUGUUUGGACGUUCGGAUUGUUAAAUGCUAUAAACUAUUGACUUUUAUCGCUCUAAAACAAAAGUGUCUGUUUUAAUAUACUCGAAACAAAUGCAGUGCAUGCGCCUAAAAGGUCGUUUUUUGUGGUCAAGUCAAAGGGUGAAAUAUGUAAACGUGUCUUCUGUUUUCUAUUCCAAACUCAUACGAAUCAUAAAGUAAAUUGAAUAUAAAUUGGUCAAACCUUCCUCGUUUGGUUGUUGGCAUGACAACUCCAACUGUCAAAGCACAGAAACAAAUGCAAGCAACAACUGAUUAACUUCAUCCAUUUUGACAGAUAUUACCCGACGCACAUCACAAAACAACUUUUCCGAUUUACAGUGUCAGAUCAUGGUUAAAUAGACUACAUUCAGGAUGAUAACAACAACAACAACCAAACAGAAAGUUACAUGAAACAGAAAUAAAUACACGAAUCGAAAUAAAAAGUAAAACAGCAUGGCGAAUAGAGAGUUGGUCGACCGUGACGUGAGUAAAUGAGUGAAUACAUAUAGUUGCGCCACCACACCACCCUUGUAGAUGAGAAACUUUGAAAGGAAAUAAAUGAGGAUUAAAAAAUUAAACCAACUAAA